AUGCAAAAAUAAACUUAGUUGACCAAGUUUUUCUCAAAGAAAGCCUAGGAAUAGUAGCAAUCUCCUGUUAGAACCAAAUUCAAUUAAGAUUUAUUCUUUUGUACACCUCCAACAUAAGAAAUUCAAUUCAAGACAGAAAACGCCAAUACGAAGAAGAAGGGCUCUAAUAAUUUGGACAAUUGGAUUAGGAAGUCUUCCUUAUAACAAAAGAAGUGGCCAUUUUUACCAAAAAAUUUGAUCUAUUUGAUUUACAAAUUUUUGCAGUUAAGAGAAUGCGCUACCUGUUCCUAAGUUUGCAAAUUCUGGAUGAUUUGCUAUAAUGAUAUCUACUUCUCUUAUAGUUUCUUCAGGGAGUUCGAAACUUCAAGAUUUAAUGAAAAGGAACUUGCUACUGUGUUGAAACGAUCGAGUAAACAGUUGAAGCACAUUAAGAAAGUACGAGACAUAAUAAAGGGAUAAAAAAUUAGUUCAUUUUUGGAGAAAACAGAACUCAGUACAAUGUUAUCAGAUAACUCAUAACAACAAGGAUCUCUGUUAGAAUUAUUUAAAUUAGAACCGAAAAAACAAUAUACAUCUGUGUUUUUGACAGACAAAGAUUUAAAUAGCAUUUGCACAGAGAGUUAGUAAUAUUUGUUAUCUAAUCAUUUUAGUAAAUCACUUCAAUAUAUACAAUUGAUUAGUUGUUAAUUUAUGACUGGCAAAGGAUUUGAAAUUAUAGGAAAAUGUGCUCAAUUAAGCCUAAUAAAUAUCUAAAACAAUAGCAAUUUGAAGGAUGACAAUAUCAAAAUUAUCUUAGAGUAACUCCAAGGACUCAAGACCUUAAUGCUAUUAAAAUGUGAUGGCUUAACUAAUGACAUCUUUGAAAUAAUCGGAAAUUCGUGUAAAAGACUUGAAAGGUUAGAUAUUGGAUGUAAUCCUUAGUUGGAUGUAAAAUAAUGCAGUUCUUUGAAGAAGAUUGAUACUUUGCAAUCAUUUUCAAUCAAGGACAACAUUGUGACAAAUGAGGCAUUAGAAAUAAUUACCACCAAUUUGUACAAAUUGCAUAGUCUCAAUCUAGAGGGGUGCCAGGAAAUCAAUAGUUAUUCUCUUAAGCAAAUCUAGAAAUUGAGUUUGUAGAGAAUAAAUUUGAAAAAAAUAUCAUUCAAGGAGGAGGGUACUAUUUAAUUGUUACAUCAUAGACAUUUACAAUUUUAUUGUUAAUGCACUGAGUAUAAAAUUGAUGCUUGUGAAUAAUAAUUUAUUGAGUACUCGUGUAGAGAAGAUUAUCCUUUCUAGAUAAUGAUUGCCUGA